ACGCCACGACGGCACCAGACUGCGCGCAAACUCCACCGAGAGCGACAACCGCCCGCUGCUCGACUCGGCCGCCUCCAUCUCGGGCCAGAGCGCCAGGAGCAGAGCCCACAGCAACAACACGCUGCACACGCACUACCGCGGGCCCUCGCAAUCCUCGGUCCUCUCCUCCCGCGCCUCGGACGAGUUCGAGUUCCCGGACGCCGUGCGCUCCAGGAGCCACGACACCGCCGACGACUUCGAAGUCGUGUCGCUCUCGCAUCCGAGGUCCCGGUCGGCGAGUCGCGGCCCCACGCCCAUGCAGAGCAUCGACAUCCCCAGAGAGGAGGCUCCCGCGUACGAGGAUCCUCCGAAUUACGAGAGUCCCGUGAGGACGAGGGCGCCGCAGUUGCCGAGUCUGGAGCGCCUGCCCAGUAUCCAGAUUACGCCUGAGCCGCCGACCGCGGCGGGUGGGGAUGUCUGGGGGGCGCCGCAGCGGUAGUCGAUUGUGUUUGCUCUUGGGAUGAUUUAGCGUCUAUGUAUGUAUGUAUGGGAAGCGUUGAUAUCUGUCUGAUCUUCACAUUUUGAUAUUUCAUGUUGUGCUGUCUAUUUUUCUGCAAUGGGCUAGCCACAUCUCUCUCUCUCUCUCUCUCUCU